AUGCAAUUAUUUUUCGCUUUGACAAACAAGGGGUGCAAAAUGGCUUCCAUUGUUGCAAGUUUGCCGCCACCACUGCUGCUCCCUGCUAGAAAUUCACAUCCAGGGACGUUCCCAACUUUCCCUGUUUCUCUUCUUUCGGGGAGACGGAACCAUGUUUCUUUUGUUGUGAAGGCUGCUGGGGAAAGUUCUGAAUCUUCAACUACCCUUACUGUUUUUAAGUCUGUUCAGAAUGUUUGGGAUCAACCAGAGGACCGACUUGGACUUUUUGGUUUGGGAUUUGCAGCUGUAGCAGCAUUUUGGGCGUCAGCAAAUUUGGUUGCGGCCAUUGACAAAUUGCCACUUUUCCCUACUGUAUUUGAGUUAAUUGGAAUAUUUUACACUGUGUGGUUUACUUAUCGCUAUCUCAUAUUCAAACCUGACCGGGAAGAGCUUUUUCAAAUCUUGAACAAGUCAGCAAAAGAUAUCUUGGGCCAGUAA